AUGGAAGCGCCUCGGUUGGGGAACCCCUACCUGGAAGACUCCUUGCUCCAGGGUUACCUGAGAGCCCAUCUGCCUGCCCAGGUGUUUGCCGAGGUGAACGUUGACCUGGAACGGUUCGGAGCUCGUGUGAGAGAUGAAAUUGACUUCUUGGGCCGCGAGUGUGAGCUAAACCCACCCAGAUUAUUGCAUUUUGAUGCCUGGGGACAACGUGUGGACCAGAUGAUCACCUGCCCAGCCUGGAAGAGGCUGAAGGACAUCUCUGCUGAGGAGAGCCUUGUGGCUGAAGGUUACAAAAGGAGAUACUCCUGUUGGAGCCGUGUUCAUCAGGCUGUCAAGCUGUAUCUUUUUAUAAAUUCUUCUGCUUGCUACACAUCUUCUCUAGCCAUGACUGAUGGAGCAGCAAAAGUAAUUGAGGAGGUGGAACAGAAACUUUUGCACGGGAACUUCCAGAUGGCUCCUGGAGCCCUGCACGGUUUCAAAUGGUUCACAUCAGCGGCUGAUUCAGACAUGACGUUGACCCUGGCAAGGAUCGUGGGCCCUGAUGGGCAGAUAAAACAGGGCUCCAGAGGCCUCUCUCUCUUCUACCUGAAAACAUAUGAGGAUGGGAAGCUGAACGGCAUAAAAAUAGAGAGGCUGAAAGAGAAGAUGGGCACGAGGCCGUUGCCAACUGCAGAGCUGUUGCUGGAUGGAGCUCGAGCACACCUGAUCUCUGCAGAAGGCCAGGGGAUAGCUUGCAUUGCCAACAUGUUGAACAUCACUAGGAUCUAUAAUACCAUCUCUGUACUUGAGAAAAUGAGAAGAAUUGUUGACCUGGCACGGGAUUACGCCACCAAAAGGGAAGCCUUUGGAAAACCCCUCAAGGAUCACCCUUUGCAUAUGCAAACUCUGGCACGAAUGGAGGUGCAAAGCCAAGCAGCGUUCCUCCUGGCGAUGGAGCUGGCGAGACUGCUUGGCCUGGAAGAAACGAAGAAGGCGACGGAGCAGGAGAAGCACAUGCUGAGGCUGCUCACCCCUCUCGCUAAACUUUAUACGGCAAAGCAGGCUAUCGCUGUGACCUCGGAAGGCUUGGAGUGUUUCGGAGGACAGGGUGUCAUGGAAGACACAGGCCUGCCUGUUAUUCUUCGGGAUGCCCAGAUACAUUCAAUCUGGGAGGGAACCACCAACAUCCUGUCCCUGGAUGUUCUGCGCUGCAUUCUCAAGAGCCAAGGAAAAGUGCUGGAUGUCUUUUUCUGCACUGCCCAGGCCAAGUUGGAGGCAGCUACCCAGCAGUCCGAACUGCAGGUUUCUGUGCAAAUAAUUCAGAAUAAUCUGCAAAAACUCAAGCAGUUUGUUCGAAGAAUGAACUCAAAGGGAGAAGCUGGCUGGCAGCUGGCAGCGAGAGACUUUGCCUAUACUCUGGCAUGGAUCUAUGAAGGAGUCCUUCUACUGGAGCAUGCCGCCAGGGCUGGCGCAUCAGCCACAAACAUCUACGCUGCUCAGAGGUGGUGUCAGGAGGAUGUCUGCCUUGUGGACAGAGAAGAGAAGGCUGGUUCUUACAAUUCUAAAGCAGCUUCCCUGGAUAAAUCUUUGGUUUAUGAUGGGUAUUCUUCUCUGAGAGGAAAACUGUAGGAAAGCAUCACGAAUGCGAAAGAAGCCAUCUGGUGAAGGACAUGACCUGGAUGAGAAGUGUGUCUGUAUUAUGAUUGUACGUGAGUCUCAAAUUUUCUUUCCAAAACAAGUCCCAUGAAAGGACCCAUGUAGACAAUGUUCCAACAUUAACAUUAAGGACCUCUACUGUACAUUAAAUGGUCAGUUGGCUUCUGAACUCACAAA